AUGCCUGUUUCUGAUUCUCCCAACGCACCAGAUGAUCCUUCUCUUCAAGAAGAGGAAGAUGAUGAAGAAGGCUCAGAGGAAGAAGAAGAAGAGGAGAUUGAGGAAGUAGAAGAGGAAGAAGAUCAAGAUCAAGAAGAGGAAGAAGAAGAGGAAGAGGUGGAAGAAGUUGAAGAGGAGGUGGAAGAAGUUGAGGAAGAGGAGGAGGAGGAAGAAGAAGUUGAAGGGGAAGAGGAGGAAGAAGAAACAGUAGAGGUGGAAGAGGAGGAGGAAGAAGAAGUUGAAGAGGAAGUUGAGGAGGAGGAGGAAGAAGAAGUUGAAGUUGAAGUGGAAGAGGAAGAGGAAGAGGAAGAGGAAGAGGAAGAAGAACAAGAAACAGUAGUAGAGAAGAAAAAUGAAGACAAAGAUGAGAUUCCAGUUCUUAACAAAGAAAGUGUGGAGGAGGAGGAGGAGGAGGAAGAGGAAGAGGAGGAGGAAGAAGAAGAAGAAAAAGAAGCAAUAGAGAUGGAAGAAGAGGAAGAGGAGGAGGAAGAAGAAGAAGAAAAAGAAGCAAUAGAGAUGGAAGAAGAGGAAGAGGAGGAGGAAGAAGAAGAAGAAAAAGAAGCAAUAGAGAUGGAAGAAGAGGAAGAACAAGAAACAGUGGUAGAGGAGAAAGAUAAAGACAAACACGGGGUUUCAGAUUCUCUCCCUGAUGCGGAUAAACAAAGCAAAGAUUCAAGCCAAAACAUGGAGCUUGAUGUAAAAGAGGAGAAUUUGGGGCCAGUUUCUUCUGUGCCUGAGAAUCCUGAAGUAAUACGGUCAUCACAUGAUAUGGAAGAGAGCAAUGCCGUGCUUUUAGCAUCUGGUCCGCCGCAUGAGGAAUUGACAUUGAAACAAGAAGUUUCUAGUCCUCCAAAACCAAGUGAAAACUUGGUUUCUGCUGAAGAUGAGAAAAGUCAAGGCUUAAAUGUUGAUGUUGAAAAUUCUGGAUAUUUUCUUCAGAAGAAAACCAUUGGAGGAUGCAGUGAACCAGAUUGCAAUAGCAAAGCUUCUUUAUCUGAAGUUAAGGACAUUGAUUCUAGGGCCACCAAGUCAUCUAGUAAUAAUACGGUAAAAGACGUGGUAACUGGAAUCAUACCGAGAGAUGAUUUUGUCGAGAAUUCUGAUGGUGGUCAGAACUCUAAGGAGAAAAUUAAGCAGUCAGAGACGGAGUCAAGGGUUGAUGCGAAACAAAAGCCAUCAAGGGCUAGAAGUCCACCUCCCAGUGCUCAGAUUACAGAUGGAAACAAAAGACGUGCAGUUACAUGCGCUUUUUUCGCUAAAGGUUGGUGCAUCAGAGGUAGUUCUUGUAGCUUUCUUCAUAUAAAAGAUAGUGCGAGUAAUACCAACCAGGGAGCUGAAGGAAACCUAGUUAAUGCACAUCAGAAGGGGGAAUUGAAAUUGGAAAAAGUUGUUAAGGAAAAUGUUGACGGGUCAAGAAUGAAUGAGGGAGAAGCAAGUCCAAGUUGGCAUCCAUCUCAUGAAAAAGAGAAGUUUCCGAUGAGGGACAGCUUGUUUCCAAAGAAUACAUCAAACAAUUAUUUCAGCUCAAAUCUUUCCUCGUAUUCAUCCCGUGCAGAGGGAAUGGCUGCUAUUCGAAACCAACAUGUGUACAGAGGAUAUACACCGACAAAAGAUUUUAAUUCGUCUUUAAGUGCAAGUACUUUGGACUCUCAAAAGCUUUUGAACAAUGACAAGGAAUAUCACGCCUAUAAGUCCACUUUCUCUUCAGACCGGGAAGAUUUGUAUCUAGGCGGUUCAUCUAGGGUUUCACAACAUGCUAAUGGAUAUAAACUAAAAACCCGUUCUUAUGAUUGGGAACCUUCUGUUCCAUUUCAACCAUCCUUUUUUAUCACUUCUAUGAAUGUAUCAUCCCCUGGAGAUCUUUAUGACCCUCUUCGCGAUAGCAUUGAGAUACCUAAUAUUGGAGAUGGGUCUUUGAAAGCUUCCCUUCUAAUUCAAGGGUCAUCUAUCCAGGCUUCAUCACAGGUGCGGACACAUGAUGAUUCUGCUGCAGUUGGGAAACACAUGUCCGGUCUUAAUGAUGACAAAAGUUCGGUAUCUUCCCAUAAUAAAUUUUAUGAAAAUGAGCCAAACAGAAGUUCUGUUCCUCGUGGAAAAGAUUCUCUUGGAACCAAAACAGAAAUUACAUCAGGAACUUGUGCAAACUACCAAAAUGGUAACCUAGAUGUGGGACAAAAUGCCUUUGGUGUUGAAGAUAGGAUUGAAACAAAGAAAAAACGGACCAAGCAUGAUGCUAGGCAUCACGGUGAUGGAUCAGAGCACAAAAAUAAAAGAGUAGCAAGGGACGAUAAAAUUCAUGAAAUGGAGGUUGACUUUCAGACAGAUGGCAGUAUGCACAAAGAAACCAAGGCACUGAAAUUUUUUCGUGCAGUCCUUGUUGAUCUAGUGAAAGAGUUGCUAAAACCAUUUUGGCAUGAGGGUCGUCUCAGCAAGGAAGCACAUAUAACAAUUGUUAAAAAAUCAGUUGACAAGGUUGUUAGCACUUUAGAGCCACACCAAAUUCCAACAAAUGAAGUUUCUGCUAAGCAAUAUUUUUCUUUAUGUCGGCCGAAAAUUACAAAGUUAGUCCAUGGAUAUGUCAAUAAACAUGGAAAAUCUUGA